GCGGCGUGCCGGGAGGAGCCUGUGGGUACAGGCACUGACCCGCUACCACAACAGCCUCAGUCUGGCCAUGACCUACAUAGCAGCUGUGGGUGUCGUUCCAAGGGGAGCGUCGUGGUUGUGAAUCUGUCUGCUGUGUUUGUUGAACACCAGGUCUGACGUCAUGACUGAACUUCAGGAAAAAUAUCGACGGAGUAUCGGUAGAUGGCGCUGUGCUGCUAUAGCCUUGUUUCUCAUUGCCCUGGCUUUAGUCGUCGCUCUUAUUGCUGUCUCCAUGAUGAAGGACAGGAGGUUUGAACGCCAGGCGGCUGAUGAUUGUGGAGAAAGUUUUGGGAAGCCCGAUAUUGACACAUCAGAGGCAGAGGAACCUGGGUUGUAUGAUGAUCUUACUGUGAAGGAACUCAAAGCAAUCCAGGACUAUCUAUACAGCCUGAAGAUGCAGUUAAAUCUCAAAAAGCCAGAUAAAGCUGCAGUCAAUGUUAGCUACAUAUAUGUGUCAGAUCUUCAUCCACCUUUGAAAUCAGAAGCUCUGGCUUACUUAAGCGGUUCUGGGCCUAAACCAGAAAGGAAAGCUCGAAUAGUGAUCUUCAGAGGUGACGCUGUCCCUCCCGUGUCAGAAGAAUAUAUUGUUGGUCCUCUCCCAAAUCCAAACAGUUGCAAGUUGUUAAGCGUUCCAGGACGUAAAAAUCCCGUCCCCUAUGCUUAUAGGCCAAUAGGAUAUGUCGAGUUUGGAUCAUACUACCUGAAACUGUUCCCUGACGUAGAUAAAAAAAUUGGUUUUAUUUUGAAGGAGAGUUAUGGUGCCACAUUUACAAACUGUGGAGACAGAUGCCUAAAUUUCUACCCCACGCCUGUUAGUUCUGGUAUCAGUAAAUCUAGAGUGAGGAAGAUGUGGUUAACAACAAGUCACUUCGUUGAGUAUUACGACCUGAAUCCCGUGGAUUUCAUGAUGCUUGCAAAUAUUAACUCUCAAGACCCUACAAAAUUCUAUAUUGAAAAGCUGGUGUAUGCUAGCCAGGAGUACACGAGUCUUGAUGAUCUCGCCACUCAGUACAGAUCUGGAUCAAUCCCCAAAUCCAAGAUACCAUUCCCCAAAAACGUCGAAGAUUUGAAGUCAUCUUUAUACAGACGAGGUAACCCUGUCCCGAAGAAGCCACAGAGAGCUCCCCGAAUGUAUGAGCCUGAUGGUAAGCGAUACAGUGUACACCACCGCCAUGUGGAAUACAUGCAGUGGGCCUUCGACUUCAGAAUGUCCACUUUAAGCGGUCCACAAAUUUACGACAUCCGAUUCAACAACGAGAGGAUAGCAUAUGAAGUCGGUCUGCAGGAGAUAGCUGUCUUUUAUGCGUCCAACAACUCUGCUACACGGAGUGCAGAUUUCAUCGACAGUGGUGCUCUUAUUGGCACCCACUCUCAAUCUCUGGUUCCAGGUGCGGACUGUCCAGAGACAAGUACAUUCUUUAACUACUCCUAUUUGGGCGAAUCUUCUGAGGAGCCAGUUCUUCUCCAGAGAGCCUUCUGUUUGUUUGAACUGAACCAAGGACUUCCUCUCCGUCGACAUCUGUCAUACAGUCAGGUUGAGGGUGGCUUCUAUUCCGGAAUGGAGGACAAUGUCUUAGUUCUCAGAAGCAUCAUGACAAUAAUUAACUACGAUUACGUGAUGGACUUUAUAUUCCACCAAAGUGGAGCUAUGGAGGUUCGAGUUCUAUCAACAGGGUAUAUAUUCGGCUCCUUCUAUACCCCUAAAGAGGAUCCGUAUGGCUUCCAGCUCAAGGAAAAUACCAUUGGCAGUAUUCAUCACCAUCUUUUCCUUUUCAAAGCUGACGUUGACAUUCAUGGACCGAAUAACAGAUACGAGACGCUUGACAUAUCACGUGACGUUUCCCCCAAUUCGCAGACGACAAACGACCCCAACUCUAAGUACUACCAGAUCAAGUAUGAGCGAUCUCUCAAGCAGACUGAGAUGGAUGCAGCCUACAAGUUCAACUUUGAGAAACCAAGAUAUCACGUGUUCCACAACAACGACAACCCCACCAAAUUUGGGGCAAUCAAGUCUUACAGAAUUCACCUGGACGGAAUGACGAAAGUGCUUGUCCCUGAGGACGAAGGUAAUGAACCAGUUAUUUCUUGGGCGAGGAACCAGAUGACGGUCACCAAGUUCAAGGAUGACGAAAGAGAUGCCAGCUCAGUCUAUGGCUUGUUCGAUUCCAUGGAACCCACUGUCAACUUUACAUCGUUUUAUGCUGACAACGACGAAAUUGUUGAUCAGGACCUGGUGGCAUGGAUCAGUAUGGGUGUCCAUCACAUCCCCCACACCGAGGACAUGCCCAUCACCCCCACCCCCGGGGCACAUCUCAGCUUCGCCCUGCUUCCCUACAACUAUUUCGAGGAAUGCCCGUCCUCCCAGUCACGUGACUCCAUCAGGGUAGAAUACAAGGACAGCCACCACCCCGAGAAGGGAGCCCGGGUGGUUAGAUACGGUAACGCGGAGAAGCCACGCUGUAUCCCCAACACUCCAGACUACGACGCAAUGGUGGAGCGAAACCCGUCAUGCGCAAUAGAGACUUCCUACGUACACCACGAGGCGGGAGACGAAUAUGUGUCAGCCAACGGCAAUAAUGAGCACCAUUAGACCA